AUGGCGACCAUUGGCGUCUCCGUGCUGCUACUUGUCUCAGUGGUUCUCACUCUCAGCAACGGUAACGCGCUCAACUCGUUAGUCUACGAUACACGCGUCACAAGCUUCACGGAGUUUCUAUCAUCGUCGCCACCUCAGUCUGCUCGACCGUCACAGAUCCACGUCGCAUUUGCCAGUGAAGCGAAUGUGAAGAGCGACGCUGUUAUCCGGACGUCUGAUUCUGCAAUGGAAGAGAUACGGUUGGGUAUGACCAUCUCAUGGGCUACGGCUCAAAAGACUCGUACGUCUCGGGUGCGCUUCGGCCUAUCGAGAGAUGAUCUGUCAAUGGUGCAGCAAGCUGAAGAGCGCUGUGAGCAGUACGACUUUUGCUCGUACACGUCGCCGUGGUUCCAUCACGUGACGAUCCCUGGCGACAAGCUAGAGGCAGCAACGAUGUACUAUUAUCAGUGCGGAGACGAUGGUGGCGGAUACAGUCGUGUGUAUUCGUUCAAGACACCUGUUCCAGCUGGAAAUGAAAUGCCACAGCUGUUUGGCAUCAUUGGCGACCUCGGCCAAACAGUGUAUUCGGAAGUGACGAUCCACAAUCUCGCGAGCUACCGGUCAACGAUGAGUGCUAUCGUGUGUGCUGGUGAUCUAUCGUAUGCUGAUAGUGACCAGUACCGAUGGGACCGGUGGGGCAAUCUCGUUGAGCCGUUGAUUGCUCAGGUGCCAUGGAUGAUCGCGUCUGGCAAUCACGAAGUGGAGUAUCCUUGCCAGUCGAACGUGAGCGAGUUUGUUGCUUAUCAGACCCGAUUUCGGAUGCCGUACGACCGCUCGAACCACCUGCAGCGCCGCAAUCUAUAUUACGGAUUUCGUGUUGGCCUCGUGCACUUUAUCAUUUUGACGCCGUACGUUGACUCUAGCCCGACGUCGCUCCAGUACGAAUGGCUACAGCAAGAAUUCCAGCGCGUUGACCGCAGUGUCUGUCCGUGGGUAGUGGUGAUUAUGCAUGGACCGUGGUACAAUAGCAACACGGCGCAUCAGGGCAUGGAGCCGCACGUGAUGAUGAAGAGGCACAUGGAAGAGAUACUGUACCAGAACAAGGUGGACGUGGUGUUUUCAGGACACGUUCACGCCUAUGAGCGCAGUCAUCCUGUGUACAAGGAACAAGUCGUAGAAGAUGGACCAAUGUACAUUGUACUCGGCGAUGCUGGCAAUCGUGAAGGUCUGGCGCCGACGUACUACGAUCCACAGCCGGAAUGGUCUGCCUACCGUAAGGCCGACUAUGGUUUCGCACUACUGAAGGUCGCAAACCGCACUCACGCGAGCAUGCAAUGGUUCGAAGAUCGCGGAGAAGAUGCUGCUUCGCUACGUGAUACCGUCGACCUCACGACGUCCAAGUAUCGAUCCGAUUGGUACAAAUAG